AUGGCAUCGCAGCACCGUUAUAAGCAGCAUCGCAACAGCGUGCAGGAUGAACUGCUCAACGGCUUCAACCAGCUCAACAUCACCACAAACACAUCUUCACCCUCUCUCUCGCCUCUACAGUCUCCCUAUCGACGGCCAGAGACAAGCCACAGCUUCCUGAGAAACGAUCCCUACGCCAGCCCGCCCUCCCACCAGCAGCAGCUCCAUCAACACCAACGCGGCCCCAGGAGAACGACCAGCACCACCUCCCUCCGCGACGAGAGACGCGGCUCUCUUCCCUCGCUGCAGAAACGCGCAUCAGCAAGCUCGCUCCGAUCAGUGCAGAACCUCACCUCGUCGAGCUCGCCGCGCCAGAGCCUGUCGAGACGAUCCUCCGCGCAGCACCUGGGAUCGUCCUCCGGCGCGUCCGUACGGCCUAUCUCGCCCCUCGCGGAGAUGGGACCCUCGACCGCGCUCCCUACGCCCUCAGACAUCGCGGCACAGCACUUUGCUCGAGAGCUGGCGCUGCACCAGACCGCCGAGCUGCACUCCCGCACCGUCGUCAUCAUCCAGGACGCCUGCUAUGGCCACCGAUACUCGCGCCCGCGCACCUCCAAGGCGGGGCUGGAACUCAUCGUCGAGCGUCCGGAGCGCAUGCAUGCUAGUGUCCUGGGCCUGGCAGCUGCGUAUACCCGUAUGGGCCGCCGUUACGGCUCCAACGACUGUGCGCCACAUCCGGAUCUAGAUCUACGACUGCUGCCGCCGCCGCCGUUUCAGAUACGCAAGACGAUGCGGACGAUGCCCCUGAACUCGCACGCGGUCACCCACGUCCACGGCACGAAAUGGAUGGACGAGCUGCGGCUGAUGUGUGAUGCCGCGGAGGGGAGGCUGGCGUUGAACGGCAAGGAGCUCGUCCGGCCCAGCAGCUCGGGCAAAGAGACCGGAGCCAAUGCUGUCCCGAAGCUACACGAGGGGGAUCUAUAUCUGUGUCCGGAGUCGUUGAACGCGUUUGAAGGAGCGCUGGGAGGAGUCUGUGAUGCAGUUGACUCCGUCUUUACCUCUCCGUCCACGAGACGGGCGUUUGUCUGCAUCCGGCCACCGGGACACCACUGCUCGAGCAGCUACCCGUCUGGGUUCUGCUGGCUGAACAAUGUCCAUGUCGGCAUUUCCUAUGCUGCCAUGACACACGGACUGACACACGCUGCAAUUCUUGAUUUCGACCUCCAUCACGGCGACGGAUCACAGGCCAUUGCCUGGGAGCAGAACCAGCGAGCUGCAAACGCUGCAAAGAAUGCGGCAUGGCAUAAGAAGACGGCCAUCGGAUAUUUCAGUUUACAUGAUAUCAACUCAUACCCUUGUGAGGAAGGAGACGAGACCAAGGUUCGAAACGCCAGUGUCUGUCUUGACAAUGCCCAUGGCCAGAGUAUCUGGAACGUCCAUCUUGAGUCGUGGAAGUCGCCGCAGGAAUUCUGGACGCUCUAUGAGACGAAAUAUUCGGUCCUCAUCGAAAAGGCCCGCGCCUUCUUACGGGCACAUUCACUACAACUACGAGCCAACGCGGCACCCAACGCUCCCCAGCCCAAAGCUGCCAUCUUCCUGUCCGCCGGGUUCGACGCGAGUGAGUGGGAAGGAGCCGGCAUGCAACGACACAAAGUCAACGUCCCCACAGACUUCUACGCCAGAUUCACUGCCGAUGUUGUCAGAAUGUCACAGGAGGAAGAUCUCGCCGUUGACGGUCGCGUGGUCUCGGUCUUGGAAGGAGGAUACAGCGAUAGAGCCCUGACCAGUGGUGUGCUCAGCCAUCUCUCUGGCCUCUCAGACUCUCAAAACAUCGGCACCGUCGACGACCACCAGGGCAGCCGUCUUGCAGCCGAGAUGUUCAACCGGCUCGGCCUGUCAGACGACAACAAACAGAACUCGAUGCAUGGUCCAGGUCCAAAUGGAGGAGGGCCUACGACCACAUAUGAUACCAUAUGGUGGGCACCGGCUUUACUUGAAGAGCUAGAAGACCUGGUCAGACCUCCGCCUCCUAUGCCCCGAAAGCCUCGCGAGAGAGGGCCCCCUACUUUCUCUGCUCCCACGCAGGCAUCCUCUGCAAAGGUGAUCACUCCAACCCGGGAUCAUAGGUCUUCAUCCUAUAGCCCAAAUAACUACGGAGAUUCCUCCCUCCCGCCUCUCCCGCAGGUAGACUGGGCAACAGCCGCAUUCGAGCUGUCCAAGGCUCUUAUCCCUACUGAUCGUCAGACCAUGAGCUGCCAGCAUGCAGACUUGAAGGUCACCGCCAGCCAGCCUCGACGUGAUGUUCGCACAGCGACUACCCAACCACGCGCCAGCGAUAGGAACGCCAACCAUAUGCAGCUCAGGGAGCGGAAGCAGAAGAACACCGGCUUGCCAACCGAGAGACUCAAGAGUUCCAGUUCUCGCUCUUCAUCCGUCAGCACGCGUCGGACAACAAUCGCCUCCGUCAACGACCUACCUGACCCAAGCAUGCUAGAGAACAGUGAAGCAGCCAGAGCUCCCACCGGCUACCGCGCCUCACGGAGAAUCAGCAUCGCUUCAACCGCGGCCCCAGGCACAGCUCCUGCUUCUCCCGCUACCAAAGUUGAUCAACGGAAAGUACGUGCAGCUUCUAUGCGACCAACACCAUCCCGCGCAACCCCUACCAAUUCGCCACGGGGCAAUACAAACAAGGCCAGAGCUGCAAGCAGCAGUCGAGCCCCGACUUCUUCAGCUAGAAAUAGUCCUAGGAAAACCCAGGACGAGGAUGCCGGCAUCAAUGGUUUAGCGGCCAGCGUGAAGAAACUGAGCAUAAAAUUGAAUGUCCCCAGUCCAGAAGAAAACACGAUUCGAGAAGCGAAAUUGGCCCAGGAGGGUAAAAAGGACGCGAAAGCGACGUCACAGUCUUCCAAGAGGAAACCGACAGCCAAGACUGUCUCUGGAGGAAAGGUUCCUCGCGCAGCUAAGGAGGUCAAUGGACGGCAAUCACGCUCAAAGUCCCGUUCGACUACCGCGACUCCUACCACCGAGACUACUAUGGGUUCUCCAAUCACGAUUAAGAACGAACAAUUCAGCCCACCGGCUAACAUCUCUCCGAAACAAUACAACAACAUGCCUCCGCCUGGAGAAGCAGACGCUGGCCUACCCCACGACGCAAGCUACAUCCAAUACCCUACCGAGAGCUGCGAGAACGUUGCGUCUACACCUCCUAUAGAGCAGACAGGCAACAAUGGCACCAUGCCCUCUCCGCCCCUUACUCCAAACACACCCCGUGGAGCCAUGAAUCCCAGAAUCACAGUACGAUCUCCACCAGCCACGGCAUCACAGCAACUCCCCGUCUUCACGCCUACCUCCGUCAUUCCUUUUGCGCCUCAGAACCACCCAUCCGACUCCUAA